CAAUGGAGUCUGUUAACGUUUCUUCAAUUGAAGUUUUGACCGUUAUCCCGAAAGAUGGCCAUAAAUUCAUUGGGAGGAAUCAGCGAUGCACGGAGAAGAUAUGGGAAUAAGAAACCAACUUACUGGGCCGACCAGGAGGUGUGCAAGAAAAAGUCGCCAAAAGGCCCUUCCCAUGGGCUGAAAAGGAAUGUAUCGGACAAGAACCAUAAGCCGCCGUUGCCAAUCGCAUUGGAAGGGUCUCUGCCGAAGCUGUUUCCCCCUCCUCCUCUUCCAGCUUGUCUUGAACGUUCUCCUGCUCCUCCAAAUCAUCAUCAUCAUCCUCAUGCCAACCAAACGAAAGACCAUCUGUGCCGGGUUGUUAUCCGCUCACCAAAUCCCCCGAGUCCAAUUCAGACUGGAAGUCGUCGUUGGGGAUCGCCGAGCAGGCUGCAUGAGAAAAAACAAUAUUGCCAUGUGAAACUUAGUCAAAGAAAAUCUUCUCCAGUGCAUGAACGUCUCGCUCCAAGUUCAAGUCAAGAUUCAAGUACCGGAAGUGCUACCUUCUCCAGGGCUUCUCCUGGAGAAAUACAAAGUUGUCUCCGUGGUCGUGGUGCCAUCCACCUGGGAAGAAAUUUGAGUGACGAUGAUGACGAUGGAAAUGAUGAAGAUGAGGUGGUAGUCAGUGGACAACAUAACUCAAGACGAGUGAUCUCCGGGAAUUAUGUGACAGUGGUGAAGAUUGAAGAUUCGCCAACGGGAGUUUCGCGGGUGAAGCAAUCACGAUAUCAUCGCAAUUGUGUGCCUGAUCCGCCUUGGAUCAAACCAGAACGACCUUCAAGGCCGCGUGAACAUCGGGUCAAGUCAGUGAUUAAGAGCUUUGAAACCGAGGAACAGAAGCCAGUUCAAGUGAUCCCGAAGAAAACCUCAGACAAUUGGAUUCCACAGAGAAGUUCCACAGUUGAGGAAGAUGUUAUUCUCUACCGUCUUCCAAGUCAAAAACUCGGACUAGGACUCAAAUUUGAAGGAGGCUCAAAACCUGAGGAACACGUACAACACCUUUACAUUCAAAAUUGUGCUCAGGAAGGACCGAGUCAUCGAGUUCGAUGUACUUGGGGACGACUCGAGAUUGGAGAUGAAAUCUUGUGCAUUGCUGGAAAACUUGUCCGUCGAAUGACUCGAACUCAAUGUGUUAAAGCAUUGAAAGAGUCCCCAGUAUCUGUGAAAAUGAGAAUCAAACACUAUUUCUCUAAAGGGUCUGGAGAUUUAUCCUCAGAAAGUCACACUCUUCCCCGAAUCAAAAGAAGAUCCUAUGAAAUCCAAACCCAUAACAAUUCUUUGGACUUGCAAACAUCUUCUAGCAUGGAGAAAGAUCUUGCCUCGACCAUUGAGUCCAAUUCCAUGUCAGAAACCAAUCUUAUCACCAUCGAUCCGAAAUCUUCCGAACCAAUCAGUUUCCAAAGGAGGUUGGUACCGCCCACUCCUCCACCCCGUCGAAUUAUGCCACAGAUUCCAUCCCAAGCUUUCCGCAGUCAGAGCGUUCCAAGCUUAAUGAGGAGGAACCCUUUGCCCAAGCCCCCAAGAUUGGAAAACGCAGAAUUGCCCAAAAUCUGUUCCCCAAAGGAGCUAAUUUCUCAAGAAUUGCCAACCAUAUCCCGGCCUAUCAAUUCGAGGUUUACUAAAGAUGCUCCCAUGAAAAGUACUCGUGUUCUCAUCGAGCGCUCCCGAUCUUCCCGUGAAGUAAGAUUCCGUUCCAAUUGUUCCACUUUGCCGAAAAAGCGAAGUUUGUACAUCAAGUCAUCGGAACGAAGGCCGAAAAGUGAAGACCGGAUUCAUUCUCAAACCUUGCCCCGAUCCCAUAAGAUUGGAACCAAAAAGGACCCGUCGACCGAGAAAGAGAGUCUGGUAGACGAUGCUGAUGAAGAGAGUGUCCAAGAUGAAGGUCAAGGCCAUUAUGAUGUCCCUAGAGCUCUGUUCCCUAUCCGUUCGGUGAUAAGCGUACAAGAGAUCUUGGACUUGCGACGAACCUGUGGCGUUUUGAAUACUCCUAAGGCCGAGGUUUACAUGAACCUUUCGGAUGAGGAUGAGGAGGAAGAUCAAGAUCUUGAAGAUGACAGUGACCAUGAACAAUCCUGGAGUGAGUCCACGUCGUCAUACUCAACGUGUUCAAGCGAAAACAGUGUGACCUCCAAGCGAUCACGCAUGUUGAUCCCUUUGGAGAAGAUGAAACGGACCAUCAAGGAAGCCCCCAAUGCUUCCUUGGUCAAGCCAGACUUUCAUUUAGGAGCUCAGCUCACUCAUAGUGAGGCCAAAUCUGGAGAGGAAGAUCCAAUCUACGCGAGCCUUCUUGAAUUUGCUGACAAUCUUGGCUCUUCUCUGGAAGAAGCCAGUGCAGUGGGUGAUUCAUUGGACAUUGCCAAGGUCCUGGAUCCAUUUGAACAAUUGGAACGGGAAUGGUUGAAAGACAUUGAGCCUGAGAUAGUGAUCAAACCUCCCGCUUCGUUUGUCAACGUUGAAAGUGCCCUCAGUGACCUGGGAAUUGACUUGGAACCAAACGAAUCAGCUGAUGAGCAACCAAGGGAAGAGGAAGAGUUCUCCGAAGAGUUUAGUCUCAUCAGAUCAGAUAACACGUCGAUUCGCGAGGAGACGGCCAUGGACCUGGUGGAAUCUAGCCUACCAGUGCCUGUUCACCACCGGCAUUCGGUCUCACAGGACUCGAAUGACUCUUCCAGCAGCUCUCCCGGGACAAUUUUGCCCCCGACGUAUUCAAGACUCCCGCCAGAUGGUCAUGAAUUCCCACCGGACUAUAAGGAUCCAUCUAGCUUGACCAGUCAGAACUCUUUGUUACUCACCAGAAAGUCUUCGUCUGAAUCCAACAGCUCCGACCAGAGCCAGAACAAAAAAGGCAUCAUGGAUUUCCCCCGGAUCAAAAUGCAGAAGAUCCAGCUCAUCAGACAUGAUGAAAACAGCAUCAAGUCUGUGAGGGAUAAGAUCGCCUUGUUCAGCUCGGCGUGCUCUUCCCAAUCCACAGAGGAUUUAGGAUUGAGCCAACUCGGUCGUAACCCUCCGAACACAGGCUUGCUUACUAGAGCACAUACACAUGGAGACGUCAGAUAUGUGGGCAAUGACUCCAAAAGGUCAGGAAUAUAUCACCAGAGCAUGACCAAUGUCUCGGCCAGUCAUGGGGGAUCUCUCUUUCAUCGAGAAACCAAAUCCAUAUCCUCAACCAGCUUAAUCAAUUCGGAGCCUCGCCCAAGUAGGAGUCGCUUGUCCCACGGAACAGGGCAUACUCCAACUCCACAAGAAAGACAUGGGCGGUCUCAAAGUUUACUAGAGAUAGGAUCCACCAAUGCCAGCGUCAAAUCACCAGACGGUUCUUCCACUUUACCCAAAAGACAUCAUCCCCAGCCAGCCAGAAGAGCAACAUUAACCACGUCCACGCCAAUCAAGAAAAGCGACAUUAAAAUAAUCCACGAGAACAGUCCGUGUCUGGACUCCAAGGAGCUCUCGGAAGCCAAGCAAAUUGAUUUAAGUGGUGAUCGUCUUAAGUUAAGCUCCACAUCAAGUCCCAACGGUAGAUCAUCAAACAAAUUCUCGCCAGCAUUCAAGCACAAGGCCUUCACCAUCUACAGCAAUACAUCCAGUCCAUCCCCGCCUUCAUCACUGAAGACAGACGAAAAGGAUGUCUCUUCUCAGUUUCGAAAUGUGCCUAUUACACAAACUGGAAGCCCAUACCAGGAUGAAGGAGACGGGCCAGAAGAUCCACGGGUAUUGAAAAGGAACUCGGUUGAGGCUAUCAAUCGGAGAAACAUCCUGGAGUCUGCUAAGAAGAGUAGUGGGACAAAAUUGUUUGGUGAUCCGACUCCAAUUCAAGCUACGAAGACCUCAAUAUCCGAUUUUCGGGCCAUUGAGGCCAGAGAGGUUGGGAAGAUGGGAUUAACUCCCGCGAGAUCAAUCACAUCGCUGGGGAAACCGGCGUCAAGGUCAUCGUCAUUCACCAUCGCGGAACGCAAGAAAUCGUUUGAAACUGUCAGUGGGACCCGAACAGCCUUGGAGUCCAGAAGGGGUCCACACUCCUCUCAAGAUUCGUUGAGAAGUGCCCACUCGAAGGAAAACUUCAACGAUGCCUCUUCAACUUGUUCCCGGCGAAGUUCUCGUGACACAAUUUGCGAGGAGGAGCUCUUGCCUAGCUAUUCGCGGCGAAGUUCACGUUCAGAGGCCGAUGGAGGAAGUCGAGUUACCACACCCACUAGAACACAUCCCCUUCCUGGUGUGGACGAAGGCUCAAGAUCUACAACACCACUUGGAAGACGAACUUUGUCUCGUAACAAUAGUUUGACGUCAGAGAGAUCGACCUAUUCCAAACGUAGUGGAGCUUCUUCCAAGAAUGGCAGGGACAAAACAACUCUCCCUACUGCAGCCUUUCCCGAACAAGAGAAAUUGAGCCGCAACAACAGCAAUGACAGCGGUACUUCCUCGAAUGUAUUGGAUCUUGACCUUCCUAUUCCAACGGGCGGGUUUUCGAGACUCUCAAGUGCAGUUAGUAGCAAGGACUCGGGAUUUCCUGAGUCAGAGAAGUCUAGCUUUUCCAGACUGUCCAGUAUUGCCAGUGUGGAUGAAGAGUCUUUAGUGUCAUCGCCCAACACAACACCCAGUGUCAACAAUGACAAGUGGUCCACUUUGGAGAAGAAAUACUCUAUAUCGACUCAAUCGAUGAUUUCCACGGAUACAAAGACAAAAAUUGCCCAGUUUUCCAAAACCAACACGUCAACGAGCUCUCCAGUUUCUUCAAAUGCUACUACGUCAGUAAGGCCAACCGAAUUAAACUUCCACUCUGUGAAGUCUGCAUCAAAUUCACCUCCGCCCAGCUUGCCCUUGAAAAAGACCUCAAGCACAACAACGUUGGUGGCUUCACCAGUGAGUAGUCGUAACUUCCGAGAACUCACUGAGAAAUUUGAAUCCAAGACCUCUGAAUCAGCAACAUCUUCCAGACGAGCCUCCAUUACUAGUGUGACCUCGUCGAGUGCAAAUUACGAUGAAUCGCUAAGCUCGUCUAUUACAUCGUUCCGCCUUGGAGACAAAACGAUGAACUAUGCCACUUGGUUGGAGGAGACGAAGAAUUCGCCGUUCUUUUUGCCUGAGGAUUCAACUGAGUGGGAGAGCUUUGAUCCUUCAACUCCAUCAGAGGUGAUGACAUUCGCCAAAAGCAAAGCCAUCAUCAAGAACGAUCGAAAAUUUUCUGUGCCCACAUACUCAUCGAAUGACCAUGCCAAUGGAGUCAAGAUGAGAGAUAAGAAAGACCAGAAUGCUGCACCAUCUCGUCCAUCAAGACUCAUUGAAUCUGGUGCUUCGGAUUUGAAGGUCUUUGAGAUUGGCAACCUUGGCGAGCAUCGGCCGCUUCUCAGCAACUCAACCAGUCGAGGAUCCAGUCAAGCUGACCUCCUAGACUGCCCUGACACUCCCAAAUCACCUUUGCUAUCAGCCUCCAUGGUUCAAAGUGGAAUGCAAAGUAUGGGAAGCCCACAAGUGCCUUCAAGAACUUCGCGGGAACUCCUGGAUGCCCUAGACAGCAAAGAUGAGGCUAACAGGAGAUGUGUGAGCGUCAAUGAUAUCCGGAGAGCUUUCGAGAAAGCCGAACAGAGUCUGUCGCGGAGCAUGAGUAAGUGUGGAUCCUCCAGUUCCUCCAUUUGCGGCAUGGCUCCUUGUCAUAAUAGAAUGAGCUCCUUGGACUCUACAGCUAGUGAUGAGUCAUCCAUACCGACGCCUCAUUACUACGGAUCCGUGUCAUCGCUCUUGUCAGGACAAACCAACAUGAAAGAUCAUUAUGGGAGUAUUACCUCGUUAGCCUCCUCUACAAGUAUGAUCUCUCCACAGGAGCUUCAAGGCCUUAUUGAUGAGGCCAACCAGUCGCUAGAAGAAUCUGGUACCCCUUCCCACGAAAUCAUGGUGAUCGUUCUUCAUCGAGAGUUUACUGCCGGAUCCAUUGGCAUCACAUUAGCUGGAGGAGCUGACUACGAGUGCAAAGAUAUCACAGUUCAUAAAGUGAUCCCUGGAACUUUAGCAGACAGAGAUGGUCGGAUUCAAAAAGGAGACCGUGUAUUAUCUAUCAAUGGGCGAUCAACUAAAGGAGUGUCCCAUCGGGAGGCUCUAAGUAUUCUUAAGGCCCCAAGAGCGGAGGUGGUAUUGGUUUUAUCACGGAGUCGCUCUGUAACACCGGCCGAGACCGGAUCCUUUGACGCCAAUUAUGCAGCUUCCUACAACUACGUGAACAUGACAAGUAGUCGGCCCCCCAAAAUUCUCGAGAGUCCACUAGAUAGUAAAUCCCUGCUAUCAGAGCUAAAAUUUGUGGAUGUCCCUCGAGGAGCACCAAUGACAGUCUCGUUGAAGAAAGAAGGAACUGGACUGGGAUUCAGACUGGAAGGUGGCAAAGACUCGCCCUUGGGCGAUAGGCCCCUAACUAUCAAAAAAAUAUUCACAGGAGGAGCUGCCGGCAAAAGCAAGGUCUUGAAAGUGGGAGACGAAAUCAUAAGUGUAAAUAACACAGAUUGCACCAGGAUGUCCCGAAUCGAGGCAUGGAACUUCAUGAAGAAGCUUUCAGAUGGAACCAGCACGAUUGUGGUGCGGCAAAAGAUUGAGGAUGUCAAAGUAAAGGAACCAGUUCAGAACUGCGCGAUAGAGGUGAAAGCCAAAACAGCCGCUGUAACCGAGAAAGCCUCCCCCAAACAAACUCCUACAGCGUGACCAGGCUUCCAUAUUCAAAAAGACAUUAUUUGAACCUGUCGCAAAUAUUUGUAAUGAUGGUUGAUAAAUUGAUAUUGGGGAUUUGGAAUGAUAUAACCACCCAAUCCCUCCUAAUCUGUGAUUCUUGGGAAGGAAGCAUACCGCUUGCCUGACUACUUCAUCAUAUCUUGAAAAUAGCCAGCAUAAGGAAAUAAAAUCAAUUCAUAUACUUAUCUCAGCA